AUGAAGAGAAUCAUCCGGUACCUGCAGGACCAGGCCAUCCAAGUCAACCAGCAACAGUACUCUAGCGCAGCCUACCUCUCGCCGCCAACCAAAGAGCCGCAGCAGCGCGAACAUCAUCAUACCCAUAGCCCUUCUUCAUCCUACAAAGCCAGCCAUACCGCGCAUCAUCCAACCCGAACUGAACACCCUGGCAGCGCGGCUCACAGGGUUCCCGCGCAUACCUCCGCAGCAGACGGGUCACCGGAACCAUCUCCGCCAGCGAGAGCGAUACCUCGUGCUUUCAAUGGGGACAUCACGCGCCACCAGUAUGCGCAGGACAACAUUCUGCAGUCAUACGAGGUGUAUCUUCCCAAAUUUCAAGCAUCACGGCUUUCCGGCCCAAAUGCGCAGAGGUACUGGGUCGUGUAUAUCCACGGUGGCUACUUUCGUGAUCCGGCGUUAACAUCCUCGUCAUUCUACCCUGCUCUAUCGCAGUUGGUGCAUGCCCGUCCCGACCAGCAGCAGCAGCAGCAUCUCCCUCCUCCACUCCAGCAGGAGGAUAAUGUGACGGCGUACAUAGCAGGCUAUGCGUCUAUCAACUACCGGCUCUCGCCACACGAUCAAAAGGCUCCACAGGACCCCAGCAAAACGUCGACGUUUGAAUUACGGAAUGCCCGAUGGCCAGAUCAUCUCUACGACGUACUGACCGCCAUCGCACAUCUCCAGAGCAAAUACGGGUUUGGAGAGAGGUAUUUGCUUGUGGGCCACAGUGUCGGGGCGACCAUGGCUGUCCUGAGCACGCUUGGGCGGAACAAUGCCAUGGCAUUUACCACUCGAGAAAGGCAGGAUGACGGCCACGGCCACGGCCACCUUCGCCGUCUCCCUUCAAUCGAGCCAGCACGAGCCGUGCUCGGCGUUUCGGGCAUCUACGACUUCGAACUGCUGCACCACUCGUUCCCUUCAUACGCGGAGCUCACCAGAAACGCGAUCCCCGAUCCCGAAGACAACGUGCUGGCCAGUCCCGCGCGGUAUUCAGCCGCCGAGUACUUGGAUACAUGGGUAAAUAGGACCGGCCCAGGGCAGAGCGGCGGUCUAGAUCCAGAUCGAGACCGGGACCGAGACGAGCAGGACGAGGAAAAGGGAAAAGAAAGGACGAAGAAACCUGACGGAACCGAAACCAAAACCAGGCCGAGGCGGGCGCUCAUCCUCGCCCAUUCGCCCGACGAUGGACUCGUCGACUGGAAACAGGUCGAGGCGAUGGAGGCUGUGUUUCGCAAGCCUGGCCAGGAUGGCGGAGCGUACGUGGCUGCUGACAGUCACAGGCACAGUCACGGUCACGGUCACGAUCCUGGUUGUGGGCGUGGCACCGAUGUAGGCAAGGACGAAGUCGAAGUCGAAGUCGAAGUCGAAGUCGAAGGCGCCGUUGAGCUGAAGAUCCUGAAAAUGAGCGGUCGGCACAAUGACAUCUGGGCCCAAGGCACCGAACUGGCGCGGGUGGUUCGAGAGGCGGUACGUGUGCUGAGAAGUCUCGAGUUCGAGUCUUGA